UUCGUUCUACAGACGAGCUCGUUGGUUUGAUUCGGUUCUGUGGCUGCGCCUGCGAUCCAGGUGGAAUCGGAGCUCUCUUUUGCUGAGUCGCGGCGUGGUGGGAGAUGUUGGUGCUGUUCGAGACGCCCGCCGGGUUCGCCCUUUUCAAGGUCCUGAACGAGGGCAAGCUCAGCAAGGUCGAGGAUCUAUGGCAGGAGUUCACGACGCCGGCCUUGGCCAGAAAGGUGGUUGAGCUGAAGGCUUUCAACAAGUUUGAGAACACAUCUGAUGCCCUUUCCGCUGCAACCCUCAUUCUUGAGAGCAAGCCUAGCAAGGGUUUGCGCAAGUUCUUGCAGAAGCAUUGUGAUGGUGAAACAUUGGCUGUUGCUGAUUCUAAACUUGGAAAUGCUAUAAAAGACAAACUGAAAAUUGACUGUGUUCACAACAGUGCUGUGAUGGAACUGAUGAGAGGGCUAAGGAAUCAGCUUAGUGAGCUUAUAUCUGGUUUGGGCACACAAGACCUUGGUCCAAUGAGCCUGGGAUUGUCCCACAGCUUGUCUAGAUAUAAGCUAAAGUUCAGUCCGGAAAAGGUUGAUACCAUGAUCAUUCAAGCUAUUGGCUUAUUGGAUGAUCUGGACAAGGAGCUUAACACAUACGCAAUGAGGGUUCGUGAAUGGUAUGGUUGGCACUUCCCAGAGCUCACUAAAAUAGUGGCAGAUAAUAUACAGUAUGCAAAAGUUGUGAAGUUGAUGGGCAAUAGGACGAACGCGGUCAAUCUUGAUUUCUCAGAGAUACUGACAGAUGACGACGUGGAAGCACAGUUAAAGGAGGCUGCAGUAAUAUCCAUGGGAACAGAAGUUAAUGAUCUUGACUUGUCAAACAUUAGGGAACUUUGUGAUCAAGUCUUGUCUCUUUCUGAGUACAGAGCUCAGCUGUAUGAUUAUCUGAAAAGUAGGAUGAACACAAUCGCACCCAAUUUGACUGCUCUUGUGGGUGAACUAGUUGGUGCUAGGCUUAUUUCACAUGGUGGCAGUCUGCUAAAUUUGGCUAAGCAGCCUGGCAGCACAAUUCAGAUACUCGGUGCAGAGAAGGCUUUGUUCAGAGCUCUGAAGACAAAACAUGCUACACCUAAGUAUGGUCUCAUCUACCAUGCAUCCUUGAUUGGUCAGGCAGCUCCAAAGCACAAGGGAAAGAUUUCGCGUUCUCUUGCUUCAAAAGCAGCUCUUGCCAUCCGGUAUGAUGCCCUUGGUGAUGGUGAAGAUAACUCCAUUGGUCUUGAGAGUCGACUUAAGCUUGAAACACGUCUUCGGGUUCUUGAGGGUAAAGAACUAGGGAGAUCUGCUGGUUCCACAAAGGGAAAGCCCAAGAUAGAAGUGUACGAGAAAGACCGGAAGAAUGGUGCUGGGUUAAUUACACCUGCUAAGACGUACAACCCUUCGGCUGAUCUGGUUCUUGCACAACCGACUGAAGAAACACCUAAGAAGCCCGAGACAGCUUCAAAGAAGAGGAAGCAUGAGGAUGUGGAGACUGCACCAUCAGUCGAGCCUACCGGGGAUGCAGUUCAAGAGGAUGGGAAGAAGAAGAAGAAAAAGAAGUCCAAGGACAGCGAGGAGAUUCCCGCAGCGGAUGCCAAUGGUGACAAGAAGAAGAAAAAGAAGUCGAAGGAGAUUGAGGAGCCUGGUGCGGCCACUGCUGAAGGAGAAAAGAAGAAAAAAAAGAAGAAAAGCGACACACAAGAUGACGAGGUUGUUGCAAUGGAAACUGAGUCUGGUAAAAAAGAUAAGAAGAAAAAGAAGAAGUAGGCUGAUCAAUGAGCUUUUGGGUUCAAGACUUUGUGUUCUGUAAAAUGGAAUUUUAGCGGCUACUUGAUGUUAGUAAGCCUUAGUAUAGGAACCUUGCAGGGUUCAGUUUACUCAUGCAGCUGUAUUGAACAACUCACGAUAUUUGAACGACAGGUGACAUUGAA